UGGGCCACCGCCGGUUCACGACACUGCAAAAAAAUGCAAGGCUCGCAAUUUACUGCAAGGUAUAAAUUCUCCAAAAUGUGUGCUAGACAAUCAGUAAAUCAUUACUCUUCAUACAAUCAACAUAACAUGAAGAUUGUUCCAACCCUAUUUGUUUUAGGGUUAGCCACCUUGACACUAUGUGCCGAAAUCAAGAAACCCGACUCCGAGCCCAAAACUCCCACAGCGAAGGCUGCGGAGAUUGAAAAAGAUACAAAAGACGAGACUCUGCUAGAUGAUAAAGAAGAAACUACAGACGAAGGCAAGAAAAGAAGCAAGAAAUCAGCAAGGACCACUUUUUGUGUUGAGAUAUCGCCGAUUGAUCACACCAAAGCUUAUCAGCCUUGCCCACCAGCUAUCAGCGAAGCUUCGUACUCUGCUGCGGCUCCAUCCUACGAAGCUCCAGCACCAUCCCACAGCUAUGCUGCUGCUGCUCCAGCUUCCACUUAUCAGCAGAGUGCAUCUUCUUCAUAUUCUGCUGCUCCUGCUGCUUCCACUUAUCACCAGAGUGCACCUUCUUCAUAUUCUGCUGCUCCUGCUGCUGGAUACCAUCAGGCCGCUUCCAAGAGUGUAUCUGCAGCACCAGCUUCUAAACCAUAUUCUGCAACACAUAGUGGUUCAAGUUAUUCUUCUUACAGGGCUGCUGAAAGUGAGGAAAACCGAGAAGACGUCCCUGCUACUGAGAUGCGAAUGGGGGCCGAAUCCGAAGAAGAAGUUGAAGGGGAAACCGAAUCAAUGAUGAGAUCAGCCGGAGGUUAUGGUGGCGGCUCUGGAUAUGAUGGCGCAUUCGCAGGCGGUUCUGGCUUUGGCGGUGCUUCUGGUUAUGGAGGUGCCUCCGGCGGAUCAGGAUAUGGUGGCGGAAUUGUACAAGGUGGCUCAUCAGGUGGUUCUGCUUAUGGGGGUCUCUCAGGCGGUUCCGGCUAUGGUGGUCUCUCAGGCGGUUCCGGCUAUGGUGGUCAUGGAGUUGUUGUGACCUGUCAACCCCAAAUGGCUGGAUAUGCACAUGCCGUAGGAGGAGCUGGAUAUAGUAGCGGAGCUGGUGCGUACAGGUCCUCUAAUUCAUAUUCUAGGCCCUAUUCAUACCCCCAAUCUUCGGCAUACAAGCCCUUAAUUACUUAUGAAUCUUCAUAUGCAGCUCCAGUUCCAUCCUAUUCCGCACCAAUGAUGUCUAGCUCAUCUUCGUCUUAUAGCACUUCGGGUGCAAACUAUGGCUCUGCUGUACCAAUGAGUUAUAGUGCCCCAGCUCCAACUUAUAGCCCUCCAGCUUCAAGUUACAAUGGUCCAGCUCAAACCUACAGUGCUCCAGCACAAAGCUACAAUUCUCAAACACAAAGCUACAGUGCCCCAGCUGCAAGCUACAGUGCCCCAGCUCCAAGCUACAGUGCCCCAGCUGCAAGUUACAGUGCCCCAGCUCCAAGCUACAGUGCCCCAGCUCCAAGCUACAGUGCCCCAGCUCCAAGCUACAGCGCCCCAGCAGCUCCAAGCUACAGCGCUCCAGCAGCUCCAAGCUACAGCGCCCCAGCAGCUCCAAGCUACAGCGCCCCAGCUCCAAGCUACAGUGCCCCAGAUCCAAGCUACAGUGCUCCAGCUCCAAGCUACAGUGCCCCAGCUUCAAGCUACAGUGCCCCAGCUCCAAGCUACAGUGCUCCAGCUCCAAGCUACAGUGCCCCAGCUCCAACCUACAGUGCCCCAACUCAAAGCUACAGUGCCCCAGCUCCAAGCUACAGUGCCCAAGCUCCAAGCUACAGUGCCCCAGCUGCAAGCUACAGUGCCCCAGCUCCAAGCUACAGUGCCCCAGCUGCAAGCUACAGUGCCCCAGCUCCAAGCUACAGUGCCCCAGAUCCAAGCUACAGUGCUCCAGCUCCAAGCUACAGUGCCCCAGCUCCAAGCUACAGUGCUCCAGCCCCAAGCUACAGUGCCCCAGCUCCAAGCUACAGUGCUCCAGCCCCAAGUUACAGUGCCCCAGCUCCAAGCUACAGUGCUCCAGCUCCUAGCUACAGUGCCCCGGCUCCAAGCUACAGCGCCCCAGCUCCAAGUUACAGUGCCCCAGCUCCAAGCUACAGUGCCCCAGCUCCAAGCUACAGUGCUCCAGCUCCAAGCUACAGUGCUCCAGCUCCAAGCUACAGUGCUCCGGCUCCAAGCUACAGUGCCCCCGCUCCAAGCUACAGUGCCCCAGCUCCAAGUUACAGUGCACCCCCAGCAACUUACAAGGCCCAAGCUCCAGCCACAAGUUACAGCGCUUCAGCACAAAGUUACAGUGCCCCAGCUCCAGCAACUAGCUAUAGUGCACCUGCACCCACAUCUAGCUACAGUGCUCCAGCCCCAGCAGCCAAUUAUGGUGGUUCAUCCUCCAGCUACAGUGCACCAGCUCCAGCAGCCAGUUAUGGUGGAUCCUCAAGCUACAGUGCACCAGCUCCAGCGACCAGUUAUGGUAGUUCGUCUUCUAGCUACAGCGCACCAGCUCCAGCAGCCAGUUAUGGAGGAUCUUCUAGCUACAGUGCACCAGCUCCAGCAGCCAGUUAUGCUGGUUCAUCUUCUAGCUACAGUGCACCAGCUCCAACAGCCAGUUAUGGUGGUUCAUCUCCUAGCUACAGUGCACCAGCUCCAGCGGCCAGUUAUGCUGGUUCAUCUUCUAGCUACAGUGCACCAGCUCCAGCAGAAAGUUAUGCUGGUUCAUCUUCUAGCUACAGUGCACCAGCUCCAGCAGCCAGUUAUGCUGGUUCUUCUUCCAGCUACAGUGCACCAGCUCCAGCAGCCAGUUAUGCUGGUUCAUCUUCUAGCUACAGUGCACCAGCUCCAGCAGCCAGUUAUGCUGGUUCAUCUUCUAGCUACAGUGCACCAGCUCCAGCAGCCAGUUAUGCUGGUUCAUCUUCUAGCUACAGUGCACCAGCUCCAGCAGCCAGUUAUGCUGGUUCUUCUUCUAGCUACAGUGCACCAGCUCCAGCAGCCAGUUAUGCUGGUUCUUCUUCUAGCUACAGUGCACCAGCUCAAACAGCCAGUUAUAGCGCUUCAUCCCCUAGCUACAGUGCACCAGCUCCUGCAGCCAGCUAUGGUGGUGCCUCUUCCAGCUACACUGCACCUGCAACUUAUGGUACUGCUUCCUCUCCUGCUAGCUACCACUCGUACAGGAAUGCUGGUGAAGAUGCCAAAGAAACUACUUCUGAUGUGAAUACUGACAAAGAUGAAGAAACAGUAAAGAAAAUGGAAGAACUCUCGAAGGAGCGUACUGCUGCUGUUACUGAAAAGAGCAAAACAUCUCAAUCCCAAGAAGAAACUGAUGUAACAGUUGGUGCCACUCAGAUGAGAGAAAGUGAAGGCAUGAAAUCUCAGGGAUGGGCCGGAAAAAUGAGAGCUUCUGGACAAGACAUGAUGGAAAAUGAACUAGAAUAAGCCAUAGAUUGUAAAUUUGUAGAUUAUGAAAUGUUUUGUGUACUUUUAUACUUUUAGGAGCAAGAAAACUGUUUAAAAAAAUUAAUAAAAACAUUUUAAAAAUUA